GGAAGCAAGGGGGAUAUACGACUCCGGGCGGCGUGCGCCGGGCCGGGGGAUCCUGGAGAUCUCUUUGGCCAUGAUUUCUUCCGACCUCCUGGACAAAUAAAUCGGCGGCGAGAACCACAGGCCGCUGUGAGCGAGCGGAGCUGCUUUUCAGACUGUGAUAUUAUCAGAGGUGAUAUCUAAUGGCAGGGAUUCUGCGCUUAGUGAGUCAGAGCCCUACAGGUAGAGUACAGAAUGUGACAAAAGGUCUGGAAUCUUUUACCUCAGCUGAUUGGAUUCGGCAUAAAUUUACCAGAUCAAGGAUUCCAGAUAAAGUAUUUCAGCCUUCACCUGAGGCUCAUGAAAAAUAUGGUGGGGACCCUGAACACCCUCAUAAGUUACACAUUGUCACCAGAAUUAAAAGUGUGCAAAGAAGACCAUAUUGGGAAAAGAAAAUCAUAAAACUUCUUGGAUUGGAAAAAGCACAUACUCCUCAAGUGCAUAAGAAUAUCCCUUCAGUGAAUGCAAAGCUUAAAGUGGUUAAGCAUCUGAUAAGAAUACAACCAUUAAAAUUACCACAAGGACUUCCAGCAGAAGAACAGAUGUCAGAAACUUGCCUCAAGACCACAGGUGAACUAGUAAUAAAGUGGCAUCUAAAACCAAUUGGACAAAAGGCCAUUAAAGCAUAAUUGCUUUCUCACUUUCCUUAAGCAUUCUUCAGGCAUUUUUAUUAAAAAUGUGUUUUAAAUACCAA